GUGUGGGCGGGACUGUUAAGUUCUUCAUUGUGAUUGGUCAAUUCUAGUGUUGCGUGCACAGUCCCGAGAACGGGUCGUGUUGAUUUCAGUAGUCAUCAUGGCGCUCACUUCCCCAGUCAAAGAGCACAAAUACAGCCAUCUCAUAGACACACUGAGUGAUGGCGAAAUUAAGUUCUUCAAUCCACAAAAAUUAAACGAUCCAAGAUAUGACAAACUGCCUCUCUCCAUACGCGUCUUGCUGGAAGCAGCAGUUCGUAACUGUGAUGGCUUUUACACAAAAGAAGACGACGUCCAGAGCAUCUUGGACUGGCAGCGGCAGCAGAAUAAAACCGAGGUGCCGUUCUCUCCAGCACGAGUCCUUCUUCAGGACUUCACUGGUAUUCCUGCCAUGGUGGACCUGGCAGCCAUGAGGGACGCUGUAGCCAAACACGGUGUGGACCCCAGCCUGGUCAACCCUAAAUGCCCCACAGACCUCAUCGUAGAUCACUCAUUACAGAUUGACUAUAGCAAAUGUGCCAUACAGAAUGCUCCAAACCCUGGUGGAGGGGACAGUCCAAGCCAGAGCCAGGGUCCCUCUCGUUCCACAAUCUUCAAGCCUCCGUCCAGAGGAAGCUCACAGUGUGGAGGUCAGCGGGGGUCCUGUAGUAAACCUGCCUGCUCUGACCCUCCAGGCUCGUCGGGUCAAUCUUCAGCCUCUGUCCAGCAGAUAGAAAACACGCCUCUCCUAUGCCCUUUUCACCUAAAGCCUGUAUAUGAAACUGAAACAGCUGUGAAGAACCAGGAAAUGGAACUGAUAAGAAACAAAGAGAGGCUUCAGUUCUUUAAGUGGUGUUCGAAAGCAUUUAAGAAUGUAAAUGUGGUUCCUCCGGACGUGGGUGCAGUCCACCAGGUGAACCUAGAGUAUCUGUCCAGAGUUAUCCAGGUCAGCAAAGGUUUCAUCUACCCUGACAGUGUGGUGGGAACUGACUCUCACACCACCAUGAUCAAUGGACUGGGAAUCCUGGGCUGGGGUGUUGGGGGAAUAGAGUCAGAAGCUGUGAUGCUGGGUCAGCCAGUGUCUUUGACCCUUCCUCAGGUGGUGGGCUGCAAGCUGGUGGGCUCCAUCAACCCCUUAACCACCUCUAUAGACAUUGUCCUUGGUAUCACAAAGCAUUUGAGGCAAGCUGGGAUUGCUGGAAGGUUUGUAGAGUUUUUUGGACCCGGUGUGUCCCAGCUGUCGGCUCCUGAUCGAACUACCAUCGCCAACAUGUGUCCAGAGUAUAACGCUACUGUCAGCUUCUUCCCUGUCGACCAUGUCACUCUAAAGCACUUUAAAAAGACAAAUUUCACCCAGGAAAAACUUGAAUUGUUGGAGUCUUACAUGAAGGCUGUGAAGCUUUUUAGAAGCUAUGAAGACUCCUCAGAAGACCCUGAGUAUUCUGAGGUGAUUGAGAUCAACCUGAGCUCUAUGGUACCACAUGUGAGCGGACCGAAGAGGCCUCAGGACAGAGUGGCAAUCAGCAACAUGAAAGAAGACUUUCAGAGUUGUCUUGAUGAGAAGGUGGGAUUUAAAGGAUUCAACAUCUCCAAGGAGAGGCAGGAGACCCGGGUUCCCUUCCUGCACUGUGGGCAGCAGUACGAGCUGGCCCAUGGCUCAGUGGUCAUCGCCGCUGUUAUCAGUUGCACCAACAACUGCAACCCGUCUGUCAUGCUUACUGCAGGUCUAAUGGCCAAAAAGGCUGUGGAGGCUGGGCUUUUGGUCAAGCCUUACAUCCGGACCAGCCUGGCUCCAGGAAGUGGCAUGGUCACUCACUACCUCAAUACAAGUGGAGUCCUGCCUUAUUUAAGUCAACUUGGGUUUGAAGUGAUUGGUUAUGGCUGUGCUACCUGUGUGGGUAACACGGCCCCAUUACCAGAUGCUGUUGUAGAUGCCAUCAAACAGGGGGACCUGGUGGCCUGUGGUGUGUUAUCUGGCAACAGGCACUUCGAGGGUCGCCUGUGUGACUGUGUCCGUGCCAACUACCUGGCCUCCCCUCCCCUGGUGUUGGCCUAUGCGAUUGCAGGCACUGUGGGAAUCGAUUUUGAGAAAGAGCCUCUAGGUGUAACAUCGGAGGGGAAGGACGUGUUUCUCCGUGAUAUCUGGCCAUCCAGGGAGGAGGUCCAACAAACCGAAGAGGACACAAUAAUCUCCUCCAUCUUUAAGGAUCUCAGGGGACGGAUGGAGAAAGGAAACACCUUUUGGAACAACAUUGAAUGUCCAGAUUCUCCACUUUUUCCCUGGGAUCACAAGUCCACAUAUAUACGUUCACCAUGUUUCUUUAGCAAGUUGACUAAAGAGGUCCCCACUCCUCAGUCAAUAGAAAAUGCCCAUGCCUUAAUGUUCCUUGGGGACAAAGUGACCACGGACCACAUCUCACCAGCAGGCAGCAUUGCCAGGUCCAGCGCAGCUGCCAAAUAUCUGCAGAGCAAACGCCUGACACCACGGGAGUUUAACUCGUAUGGCGCACGCAGAGGAAAUGAUGCAGUGAUGACCAGAGGCACAUUUGCCAGCAUCAAGCUCCAAAAUCGAUUUAUUGGCAAACCUGGUCCCAAGACCCUGCACAUUCCUUCAGGCCAGGCUCUGGAUGUCUUCGAGGCAGCCGAGCGCUAUCAGAGGGACGGCACCCCCCUCAUCAUCCUGGCAGGCAAAGACUACGGCUCUGGAAACUCCAGGGACUGGGUAGCCAAAGGACCAUACCUGCUGGGGGUACGUGCUGUCAUUGCUGAGAGCUUCGAGAAGCUGCACAAGAACCAGUUGGUGGGAAUGGGCAUCAUGCCGCUCGAAUUCCUGCCUGGCCAGAACGCCGACUCACUGGAACUAAGCGGAAAGGAGAGGUUCACCAUCACUCUGCCAGAUAACCUGCGUCCGAGGGAACAGCUCACAGUCGAGACCAGCCAAGGGAAGUCCUUCUCCGUCAUCGCGCUGCUUGACAACGACAUGGAUCUCAUCUUUUUCCGGCACGGAGGGCUCCUAAGAUACGUUUCUCGGACUUUUCUUUGAAACAGACUACACCCUGGUCUCAAGCCUACUGAAUGUGCACAAGUGUCAUAAACCGCAGCUUUCAUUAUUUACCAGUUUAUCUUCAGCGAGAAUGAAAAGCGGCCCACUGGAGCUACAUAGAUCUGAUUUGUCCAUUAGAGCGGAUGAACAUUUCCAGACCGUUUAAGACUGGGAAGCGUCAGAUGUCAGACCUGAGCUGUUUCUCCAUCAGUGCCGGUUCAUCGGCUGCUGCAUUUGAACACAGUGUCUCACCUCAAACAGCAGCCAAACCAAGGAAGGAAGGAAGAAGCAGCAACAUUGACUCAAUGUGGAGGUUGUAUCUCAGACAAGUUUGAACAGAAUUGCUUUGUCUUUUAUCGCUGAAAAAGGAGGAGUACGGCUGAGUAAAACAAUGGAAAGUUGAGCCAGAAGUGAAUCCCAGCUGCUGCUUUUGCCUUGAAAGGCUAAGAUGGUGCUAGGUACUCCAGCAUGAACACCUCGUUUACCCCUACAAUCGUCAAAGUGAAGCAUAGUAAUGUUGCAGAUAUGAUGUCAGUUGCCCUUAUUUCUAAUUGGGUCCAAACAAUCUUAUGUAAUGUUCUCUUAAUAUCAAACCUUUAGGAAGAAAGUUGAUGCUUCCUACUCAAUUUUGUGGAAAAUUGUGUUUCUUCUUUUGCUGUUACCUGUGUAACUAAACUCCCUUCAUGAAACUGCUUCUUCUACAACUGACAGUCCUGCAUCACAUUAAAGGUAACUUAUGAAAGCUGGUCUGCAAAAAUAAUCUUGAUACAAUUCACACACAAGCUGAAAUGGAAAAAAAUGGUUCCUAAUAUAAAGCCAAGUUUUACAAAAAUGAUUUUAACAUUGUAAGUGUAAAGCUUUUACUUUUACUGGUGGAAGAGGAGAGCUUGCUGGAUUUCCUUACACUAUCAUGUUUAUUUAAAGGGGAAAUCAGAACCAGUGUUGAGUGCUCUUAGUGAUGUCACUUGAGUUAGCGCUUUUGCAUUGUGGGAAAUGCAGUUGCCACAAAUUAAAAGCAAAGAAGAACAGCCAAAGAUCCGUUUUCCAAAAUGUCUAAAUUCUUUGUUCACAGCUGGGUGUGGUAACAUCGUUUUGACACAGUGCUGUGUGUGGACACAGAUGUGGAGGUUAGUUCUCUUUUUAACAUGGAUAACUGGAAACCAGCCUUGAGUUGAAAACCAUCAUAAAUGACACAGUGAGGACCUAGACUUUAUUAGCAUCCGUUCAUGUCAGCUCUAUGUUAACUGCACUGUUUGUCUAGUCAUCUAUUUAGAAUGUGGACUGGAGCCUGUGGUUUUAUUCUUUUAGUGUAUGUCAUGUGAGUACAGAUGGUUGUGAAGCAGAUAGAAAACUGUCAUGUGACAUUUAGGGUUGGGGUUUUGACUCGCCAGUCAGACCAGUCCACCUUCACGCUUUGCCUUUUCUGUUAGAGCAGGUUUUAUCUGCACAGAAGAGUGAACAUAGAACAAUGAUGCAAGUGCUCACUGCUGGUAGUCACCUGGUCUGCUGCGCUUCCCUCUGUCUCGGUUUAGUGAAGCGAGGCACGUGAGCCAGGUGUUUACCUGCACAUGAAAUGGAGUCUGCGUGACUCUGAAUAGCACUGUAAAUCAUUUUUAAUAAACAAAGAAAAACUGG